AUGGAUCAAAAUCACCCAUCCUGUCCCUUCUGUCCAUUUACCGACUCGGACGCCAGCUUUGUGGAACAACAUAUUGAAUUCUGUCACCCAGAAAAUGGCACUGGCCUAGAGUCAGACUCACUGCCCCAUCUCACCAACUCGUCCCCAUCACCACUACCCACAUCCGACUCAACUGACCAAUAUGUGGAUUGUCCACAUGGCUGUGGGGAAAUAGUCACAACAGCUGAACUAUCUACACAUCUUGAUCUUCAUGUUGCCGAGGGCAUCGCAUUAGAUGAAAAUGAAUCAACUCAUUCCCUUAUGGAAGCAGGUCCCCUCUCAAAUGACUAUGACCCUUCCUCGGACCAGGAAGACGCUUUUGAUCUACCAGUCGCGCAGAAAGGAGGCAAGCAAGACUCUGAAAGAGGCUUUGUCGUGCGCGAAGUCCCCCCAAGGACACUGGGUCCCGAUGGAGCAAAACGACUAGGAAGAUCUGAACUGGGUCCACAUGCGCACGAGAAAAAGAUGCCAUCGUGGUUGAAGAAAAUGCUAGAGAAAGGUGGUCGCACGUCCAAGCAGACCCAGAUCACAGCAGAUGGCAGACUAGCCCGACAAACGAAAGUGGAGAAUGAAACUGACAACCUUAUCCCCGUUAUUGCGAAACUUUGUGAACAGGAUAGCUCUGUUCAGCGAGCCUUUCUCUGCUCACCCAAGGUUCGUCAUGUCUGCAAAAUGCAGCGUGAGGGUGGAUUCUGUGGUUAUCGAAAUAUCCAAAUGCUUGUUUCUUAUAUCCGCAAAGCACAAGCGCCAGGGCAUGAACAUUUUCCAAGUGGAUUGCCAACAAUUCUGGACUUGCAGGAUAAGAUUGAGACUGCUUGGGAUAUGGGAUACAAUAGUACUGGAAGAACGGAGACCGGAGGUAUUCGUGGUACACGCAAGUUCAUUGGAACGCCAGAGGCACAAGCGCUAUUCAUGAGCCUUGACAUUCCGUGCGAUGCUAGUAGCUCAAGCGAAAGCAGUGCACUCCGCGCAUAUGAUGCGCUUUACAUGGAGGUAGCAACUUAUUUCCGAUCGAAUAUCGCAUUGGAAGAUGAGAAGCGAGUCUUCGUGACAGAUUUACCACCAAUCUACUUCCAGCACCAGGGACACUCAAUGACUAUCAUUGGAUUCGAAAUCCGGGAUGAUGGCCGUGCCAAUCUCCUAGUUUUUGAUCCCAUGUUCAAGACCUCACCGGCCAUGCAACGCCUUAUUGGCACGUCUGCUCGAUCCAAUAAUCCUGGACGUCUGCUAAAAGCGUACCGACGAGCGCAGGAAACCGGAUUGAAGCACCUAUCCGUGAACCAGGUCGCUAAGGAUCGUGAUUGCUAUGAAUCAUUUGACGAGGAGCGAAAGAGUUGGGUUGUCGAUGAAGAUAAGUUACUCGAUGCGAUCGAAGAUGAGGUUCUGCAGGGUGGAUACUUGAUUGAUUGGCAUGCUUGUGAUCUUUUUCCGAAAUCUUGGAUUGAUCUCGUUGUUGUGAUUCGGUGCCCUUCUACCGAUAUUCAUUAUGAUCGUCUUGCUUCUAGAGGAUACCACGAAGAAAAGUUACAAGAAAACCUCGAUGCGGAGAUCUUCGGCGUCCUUCUAGAAGAAGCCCGUGAGGCUUACGAUGAGGAAAUCGUGGUGGAAUUGAAUAGUGAGAAGGAUAGUGAUGUGGAUAGCAAUUGCGCGAGGGUGUCACAAUGGGUUGAGAAUUGGAAGAAGCAACAUGAAGAGGCUUGA